UAAGAAGGGGGCAGAGGCAAUUCCCUUCAGCCACUUCUAAAACUGGAGCCACCAGAGAAGAGUGGGAGUACAAAGAUAUUUAGCUCUUCAGCUUCACAGACUGUUUGGACACAACUGCUCAUCAUCUUCACAUUACUUCUGCUUUUAAAUUUGUAGCUUUGGGUUCUUCCAUAUUUUUUGCAGAGUGGAUCUGGAUCUGCACCUGAUACCUUAAGGAAAAAACAUGCAACAGCUGAUCAGUUGAGCUAAUAUAUGAGCCCUAAAAAGUCUUUAUUACCUGGAAGAACCCGGCCUCAGAAAACACGAUUACGACCAAACAACGAAGACAGAGGAGGGAGGAAUCCUUGGACAUCGUCACCACAAAUGAAGGAGACCAUUCAGUGUGAGGCCAGAGAUGCUUUCGGCUUUCUUUUCCAAAAACUGUGAUUGAAACAGAAGAGAUCAAACUAACGACAGACUGUGCUGACACUCUUGUUCUUAUCCUGCACACAGACGUUUUCCUAAACUUAAUCGGGGUCAGAGUGUGAAUGAGCUUCCUUUGACCCUCUUCUGCACUGAGAAAUAAACACUUUCAUAUAAUUAAAGAGAGUGUCAUGAAAGGCUUAAGUCUCAGCCGGGGGUUGCUGGUCCUUCUGCUCCUUUGGACUUUGUCAGCUGUCAUUGAUGCAGGCAGCGCAGAACGAGGAGUAUCUGGAAGAAGGAGAGGAGGAAGUGGUGGCGGCGCCGGCGAGAAAAGGAGGAAGUUGCACCGCAUCCAGCACGGCCAGUGCAGCUACACCUUCAUCCUGCCAGAGCUGGACGGAUGCCCCGGUGGAGGGUCGCCAUCACAGACGCAACACUAUGGUGGCUUUCAGGGCGGGCCGGGUGUCGUUCAGAGAGACUCGCCGCCUGCUGACAGCGAAUGGUCGGCUCAGAAACUGCAACACCUGGAGAGCACGAUGGAGAACAACACACAGUGGCUGCAGAAGUUGGAGAACUUCCUUCAGAAGAACAACAGGCGUGACGUUGCCAACAUGCAGUCGCAUGUCGUUCACAACCAAACGGCCACGAUGCUGGAAAUCGGCACGAACCUGCUCACGCACACAGCAGAGCAGACACGCAAGCUCCAUGUGGUCGAAGCAAAGGUCCUAAACCACACAUCUCAGAUAGAGAUAAAGCUUCUGGAGAAUUCUCUGUCCACCAACAAGCUGGAAAAGGAACUGUUACUGCAAACUUCAGAGAUCAGCCGGCUGCGAGAUAAGAACAGUCAUUUGGAGAGCAAAGUUCAGAUGUUGGAGUCUAAGCAGCGAGGAGAGCUGGAGGACAUGAGGCAGGAGAAGAAUAGACUUCAAUCCGUCAUCAGGACUCAGAUGGCGGCCAUCGAGUCUUUAGAGAGGCGGCUGAGAGUCGCCAGCACCAACAACACCGCCCUGCAGAGACAACAGACGCAGCUGAUGGAGUCUGUCCACACGCUCCUUAACAUGGUGGCUAGUACUACAGCAGCGCCUCCCAGGAGCCAGAUGUGGAGGGACUGUGCAGAUGCUUACAAGGCCGGUCACUAUGUGAGCGGCCUGUAUCACAUCUACAUCGGCAACAGGACUGAACCUGUGCAGGUUUACUGUGACAUGGAGACGAGUGGUGGAGGCUGGACAGUCUUCCAGAGACGGUUUAAUGGCAGCGUGGACUUCCAGAGGAGCUGGAGGGAGUACAAAAUGGGUUUUGGGGACGUGUUGGGCGAGCACUGGAUGGGUAAUGAAGUUUUGCACCUGCUGACCAAUCAAGGUGUCUACUCUAUGAGGGUGGAGAUGAUGGACUGGGAGGGAAACUCCGCCCACUCCCACUAUGACCGAUUUACACUGACCAGUGAGCGACAGCAGUACAGGUUGUAUCUGAGAGGUUACAGUGGCACAGCAGGGAAGCAGAGCAGCCUGACCACCCACGGGUCCGGCUUCAGCACCCGAGACAAAGACAACGACAACUGUGAACACUGCAAAUGUGCCAUGAUGCUCACUGGAGGUUGGUGGUUUGAUGCCUGCGGUUUCUCCAACCUAAAUGGUGUGUACUACUCCAUCGGCCAUAACAUCAGGAAGCUUAACGGCAUCAAGUGGCACCACUUCAAAGGUCCCAGCUACUCCCUGCGCGCCACCUCCAUGAUGGUACGACCCUACGACUUUUAAAGGCACCUUUCACCCUCCACAAUGGUUUGAUCCAACGGAGCUUAAAUACCACAGCGGUAUCGACCUUCAACUCCUCCGAAAUACCAUCCUAAUGAUAGCAAAGCUUCAAAACAAUGGCUCCUACCUUCACCGCCAUCAUGGUACAACCCUAAAACACCUCUUGGAUAUGAUAUGGUACAGCCCUGAACUGAGGAAAUAGUGACUUUAAAACAAUAAUGGUUAAAGUCAUGUGACUCGUGAGGACCUUGUUUGUUACAUGUCUCCUGGACUUGUUUUCAUAACCAAGGAUCAUAUUGAGGAAAAUAAGGGAUGGAUCAUGUAAGAAAAUAUCUCGUCUGCUUGAAAUGUGAUUGUCCUUUAAAUAUGAUGAUAACGACACACAUUUUCAGCCAGUCUGUGCUGGAAGCUAUUAAAAUGGUUGUGCUGGUUUGUACACAUGAGAAGUGCCAAAAGUGUUCACCCACACAGCCAGCCAGUCGCUGUGAGACGUGGGUUGGAUUGUUGCUUUUGGGUUGGAAAAGGUACACUCUGUGGUACUCAGUCACUCCACCCCGGCUGGUACAGAAAGGGUGACUGAGGGGUUUCCAGAGCUGGAGCAUACUGGCAGCUUCACGGUACUUUCCUAUAUGACAUUUGAGAAUGUGUUUAAUGGUAAAAGGCAUGAAUGUGGACCCUCAUAGCUCACCUGGUAGAACAGGCAUCGUUUUUACUGAAGGAUGAGUUUGCUACUGUAGCCUGGGCUGCCCCCAUUAAACUGUCACUGUCUAAUAAAGACUGUAAAUAGGAAUAAAUAAUAUUAUCCACAAAUCUGAAUUGAAAUCUGUGGCUAGCAUGAAGGUAUUCACCUACUUUUUUAGGAGGGAAUACGAGAUUUUCUUUGUUGUUAUCAGUGUGUUUAUAGUGCCACUAUCUAUGACCGGCACCGAAACACAGACAAGAUUUAGAUAGCUGAUGUCCGUGUCUAUGGGCGGUGCUACGGCCUCUGGCUGCCAUAUCACCUUCCCAUGGACCCAACGUCUGCUUCUCAGAUCUGUCGAGAUGAGGACAGUCUGCACCAGCACAACAAUGGAAAAGAGGUUUGAGUGAUUGGCUGGCUUUUGGUCUUUGGUGAGCAAUUGCAUUACAUGUGCCAUGUGGAAGCACUGCAACAUGUUAAUCAACAAACCAGAUAUUUCAGACAGUGAUUGUUUGUUAACAGAUAUCAAAAGACUGGAGAGACUGCAGAUUUCUGAAAAUGUACUUUCCAGAUGGUACACAGGGCAGCAAAUUAUACAAACCCAUCAUUUUUGUAGUGUGAUUGUGAAACCUCAGCGCUAGUGUUUUGGUCCCUGCCAUAUUGGGCUCUUGCAGCCAGAAGUGGCCAUACUUGGAUAAAAGGGUGGCGUUCUGAGUUACCAAUUCCUGGAAAUCUUGGUGAGGAGCUUCAUCUCUCAAACAGAUCCCUGCAAAUUGCUAACACACUAUUCAAAUACUAGAAUUUCACUCAUCAAAACUGGAGCGCAAACUUUUUGGACAGCCUGCACCACACAGCACGCCAGGCUAUUAGUCAGAUAAUUGUCAGAUCAAAACUGCUCCAACAGGGAGCAGGAUGGCAAACAUGAUGCAGCGACUCUGAGCAGCAGCUCUAUGACAGCUCGCAGCCACAGCAGCCUGCAAGCCUCCAAAUACUGAAAAGGUGAGUUAGCAAAAAAUCUUUACAACCUUGUUUUUGUUGUAAGGACUGAAUGACCUCUAUGAGUUUGUCCUGUGAUUUCUGUUGCUGCGAGUCUUUCUACAGAAAACGUCUAUGUUGAAGAAAACGUUAAUAUAAGGCGAGAAAACAGUGAGGAUAUUGGAGUUUAUUACACGGACAGCUUAAUACUGAGAGAUUUGUGACUGAGCAAAGAGUGGAGUUGGCUUUCACAACCCACUUUUACUUGGACUGUUUUUAAAGGAAGCCAGCGUUUCCACAUGUUUAUCAACAAUUUUAUAAACGUGGACGCUAAAGCUGGUGUGACUGCCAGAACAUGAAUCAGAUCAAACUGAUGAAACCUGAGAGUCACGUUGAGGAUUGAUCUGAUUAGCUGGAACAACAUCAGGAGCCACAGCGGAUGAUGUCCAGCAGGAGAAGGUGAUUUUCUUCCCGCUCGCCUCCUUUGGGCGGUGGUGGACGGUCCAUCCUGGGUCCUCGUGUGAGCCUGGACGUAAUUGUGGGACGUCUUAGAUGCCGAAUCAGCACAUCUCAGAUUCUACUUACCGUGCACAGUGUUGAUUGAAGCUUGUGCAUCAUAAAUGGAGAAUCAUGCAG